AUGCUGCGGUGCUGCAGCGUGGCCUUGUGCUCUGCGGUUCAUAUAGACACGGCCUUCCGGCGUUCGCUGGGAUCGCAGAGUACGCUUCUCGACUUAAUUCCCGUUAAGAAACCGCUUCUUGACGGAUCACUCAGUUGGUUUGUUGACGAAAACAUUGAGAUCGUUCUUGUGUCUGGCGUGAAGGGCACCUCACCGGACGAGGUGACGAAUAGCGUGAAGCGACGAGCUGUGCGUCUUCUUCAGCAGUGUGGUGACGACGAUGCGGCCAAGGGCAGCCACGCGAUCAGACGGUGCGUCGAGGAGGCGGCGACGGUGCGGAGGCUCCUUCGGCGCCUUGACCUCCAAGUGCGGCUGCGUUUGUGGAGCCAAGAUGCCCUCACACACAAUGGAUCCGCGGCAUCAUCAGAAGUAUCAGUAGCAACAGGAAGCUUCACUGGGGAGGAGGAAGAGACCAGUAGUGCGCUGUACUGCUCCAUCUACGAGACUGACACAUGGGAGCCGCAUCAGCAGGAACGACAUCUUGGUGAUGUCUCGGCGGUGUUGUCCGUUCAGCCCCUCGGUAAGCUCCUGUGUGAGGCUCUGCAGGUGGUGCGAAGGAACGCGGAGGCGAAGGAGCGUCGUUUCGUCGCGGAUUCAUAUCACGAAGCGUCUCUGGUCUUGUCCGCAGCUGCGGCGGACAGGGCCUUCACGGCUCGUGUAUUUUCCUUAAUGAAGGAACUAGUACCGUCCUUCACAGAGGAUCCUGCAGCACGGUGGAUUGCGUUUCCUGCAUCCUACACCGUUGAAUUUGAUGUUGUGAAGUGGGACAAUGAUGAGACGGGCAUUUCGAAUCCCAUGGCGGGAUCGUGGGUGCUGUGCGAUGAUGUAGGGAACACGGAGAUGCGUGAUGUGCCGCUUGUGGUGCUCAAGGGCAAGACGGGGUUUGUGUACUAUGAAGAACACCCCUCCUCGGCGCAUCAGCAUCCGCAGCAUCUGCUGGAGGAGUCCAGGCUUGAACAGCUUGUGCACCUCGGUGCGAUUGCCCGUGUUUCUACUCGGGGGAGUGGGAACUAUGUGCCAGGCGUCAUGCGUUCAUUCUGGGCACAGCCACUCCUUCAGGCCUUGUUGCUGCUUUCCUCUGGUGAGUUUCUGUGCGGCCGCUUUGCCCCAACGCAGGUGGAGGAUUUUGUUGGGAGCUGCGGGCGAAUUGACGUUGAUUCGUGGCUGAGCGAUCGGGGAAAGCCCUUGACAGCCCCUCUGACUCCUUUGUAUUUACAGCCCUUUAGUGCUGUGAAGUUCCUGCAGGAGUGCUUGCCGCUAGAGCUUGGAGGCAGAGCGUCGCUGACUGCUACGGUAGGCCCUCUGUGCUUUGGGUACUACGUGGCAGCUACGUCAGGGGGCCGUGUGGCGACAGCCACUAACUGUUUCUCUUCCGUCAUGACGGCGCUGUCGAUGCUGCUGCCAUGGUAUGAGGCGACGCCGGUUCGGCCAACCCUCACGGAGCACACAAAUCACCAAGAUCAUCAGCAGCAGCCGAAGCAAGAGACAGAUGCGGAAACCAGAAACCCGUCAUCCCCGAAGGAGACUUUUCUAGGUCAAUUGGAUGACGCCAAACUGCUCGUUGUACACGUCAUCGACGCACAGAAGACGCUGACGAAGUUGGGCGUGGCUUCGGGUGUUGUUAGGGAAGAGACGGUUGAGUAUUUGGAUGCCGCUGGCCGCCGGGUUCUGUUUUUUGAGCAGAUGGACACACUGCCAGGCAUCGAACGCCUGGUGAAGCGGAUGCGGCGCAGCCCAUGCGCGUGCUUCCUCUCUGUCACUUUUACAGACAACGCGAGGACGACGCGUGUGGUUUCGUCCCUCGCAUUCGGUGGGCCUGUACCGCCGAAGCCGCCGCCGUACGUGAAGCGCAUUCGCAUUCCUGUUCCGUUGGUCCCCGGCGCGUUCUUCUCGCUGCGCUUCACUGGCCUCUUCGACAAGGAGCAGAAGGAGCAUGGCCUCCUGCAGAUAUUCGAGCGUUACGCGGAGGACCCCAAGCAGUGGCCGCUACGGCGUCCGUCGCCGUGCUUCUUCAACUGCUGGCGGCUGACGAGGGGCAUUAUCGAUGCCAUUACGCGCCACGACGCGCAGUUUCGCUACACGCUCGACCGCACGUUUGCGAAGGACGGCGGCGCGACGGUGACGCUGCGCUUCUACUCGGGCGAAGACAUGACGCAGGAGACACUACUGCAGGAGAGGGAGCUUCUGCCGCACGCGCGAAGGUGCUUCGCGGAAUACGCCGCGCGGUGGUCUGUGGAUGUGCCGCCUGCUGAGACUGUCUUCUUUUCGUUGCAAGAGAUCAAGAAGACUAUGCCGUUAUCGUGCAGGAGCUUCGUGGGGGCAUUGCUGCAGAACAGCGAGGCUUGCAUACAACGCGGUGAUGGAGUGUAUUUGGAGCUUCAAAUCACCGCCGACGUGAAGGUGCUUCUCGCUUUCAACAAGAAGGGCAAUAAUGUUGAGGGGGCGAGGGAACUGAUUAGCAGGACGUUUCUAGAGGAGCAAUUUCCAAUGCUUUACCCAAUAACUGUACUAUUACGGCAGGCACACCGCUUUUUAUCGCUCAACAGUGGUGAGGGAGAAGGUGAUUUGAUGUUUAGCUGCCAAGAUAACAGCGAUGUGGGACGUGGCUACCGCUGGGAACUCCAGAGACAUGCCAAUCCUGCUGGUGCUGGUGCUAGUGGUGGUGGUGGUGGUGGUGUGUGUGUGAGUGUGCUGGAGGCUGCGGAGGGGCCGUCACGUCUGGGCGCGUUAACUGCACUUUUGGAGAAGCUUGAUCCCCACGCAGCCGAGGCCGCGGCCGACGAUUCUGCUGGAGUGGUGGAGGAAGUACCUGAAGCAAUGGGAAGAAGAAGAACAAAAUCAGUUGUCAGGGCCUUUAUCCAGACUGCGCAGCCGCAGACAAUUGAGGAGUACCAGGCGGCACUUGCCUUGCAACGCGGUGCAAAGAAGAUUCUGCACGCAUACAAUGCGACUCUCAGCAUGUUGUUAGUGAAGAGUGUUGACGACGGUGGGCACGGAGAGGCGCAGACGGAGACUGUCAUCCGUGCCAUUCCGCUCACCUGCGAAUUCCCUAUUGGUGCCGUCGUGCACCAGUACUACCGCAGGGAGCUUCGCCUUCCCGUCCCGCCCCCGCCGCUGGACGCCAAUGCGCUGCGUCAGCUGAGCCUGGUGAAUAUUUACUCCACAUGCCAGUCGAACUUCGUGGAGCAGCUGCCCCCGCUUAACGAGGCGCUCAAGGUGAGUCAAACCCGAAGGGGGUGGUGUGCGGUGCUUCGUCUGCCGGGGCGUCUCUUUGCACUCGACGCGCCGUCACACGUGGAGUUUGUGUUGCAGAGGCGUGGAAAACAUGAGGCGAAGCGGGACGUUGUCUGCCAAUUCUUCCAUGCACUCCACGGCCCGACACCUGCGGAACUUGCGCAGGUGCUCUCAGAGGCAAUCUGCAAUGAUCCGCCGCCUUGUAUUAGCUCUGAGGAAAAAGACGCCAGCAGGAGCCGUAGCAGCAGUUGUGGUACGGCGGGGCCGGUGACGUCUCGGGGCAAGGACGCGUGUAUGUACGACGAACUUGUGCGGCUGGUGGGCGCGAGCCUCCGCACGCUUGUGGGCUACGACGGCGCGGUGGAAUUCCGUCUGAGUUUCAUCACCGGCAUCAGUGCCCGCUACGUCUGCUCCCCGCCGUGCAACGGGGAUUCUGUCGAGCUGUUUCACGCGCCAUUCCACCCGACACUGUGGCUGCCGCUGCAGGUCCUUGAGACGCUCGUGUCGUGUGCCCGCCGGCUUGUGCCCGAGGCGGAUUUGGAAGCGUGCCUGUUGCGUGGGGCUGCUGCGUGGCCGUCCCUCUUCCUCGACACAGCACGCAACGAGCGUCUCUUCUGCACGACGUUCCUGCGCCGUUACCUUGGGCUGCGCACGUACGAGGAGAACGACGUGGACGAGUGUGCGGCAGUGCCGGGCACGAUGUACGCCGUUGAGCGCACACAGUGUGUUUCGGCGGGGCGGUUUGAGGCGUCGCUGCUCUUGCUGCAGACACCGCGGCCGCCCAUCACGACAACCUUCACAAAAGUUCUUGCGUCGCACCUCAGCUCAUCACCGCAGCGCGCGGAGCUGGAGUUGUGGCGCGGCGUCGCGCAGCGGUUGGCGCAGCUGCACGAGUCCCGCGCGCAGGAGGGCGUCGACAGGGCGGUGCUGCGCGCCGUCAGCGUCCCUGGUGUUGGCGCCACACGCUAG